GUUUAAUUAUUUUUCUUUUAUGUUUUCAAAGAGCUGUCUAUCACUUGACGAUGCUAGCUGUUCCUCACCUGAUUGAAAGUAAAGGCUCCAUUGUCAACGUUUCGAGCAUUCUCAGCAAAAGGGGAUGUGCAAGAUUACUUUCGUAUACCAUGUCUAAAGGCGCUAUAGAUCAGUUUACCAGAAGUGUGGCAUUAGAUAUUGCUCCCAAACAAGUCAGAGUGAAUUCAGUAAAUCCUGGAACUAUAGAAACAAACAUCUUAUCAACAGUUGGAAUAGACGUAAAGGAAGUGAUGAAAGAAGAAGCCGAAACACAGCCAUUUGGUCGAGGAGGACAACCACAAGAGGUCGCCAGUGCAAUCGCUUUUCUCGCUUCUGACGAGGCUUCGUUUAUAACUGGAGAAACCUUGGUGAUAGAUGGCGCUAGAAUUGUCUCUUCUAAGAUGUCUUAUUCGUUUCUGCAGUAAUGAAUUUUUUGCAGAAAAUAAAACAUUAGU